AUGGUAAUUCUUGUUAAGAAAAUUAGAGAACUAAUUUAAAUUACAUUGAUAAAAUUGAAAUAUUAUUUAGGUCGAUUAUUGUUAUUUGCUUAAUUAAAAAUUAACUGAUAGAAUACUAAUUGGAAUUAGCGAAUAAAACUAUUUAGGAAUUACAGUAAAAACUCUUAGCUACUAAUAAAUAGAUUGUUUCAAAAUAAACAGAGAAAAUUUCAAAGAUAGAAUUAUACGAAAAAUAAAUUGAAAGAAUCAAUAAUGAAAUAACUAUAUUGUAUAGAAAAUUAGAAUCCUUUGAACAUGAAUUAAGAAUAAAGGUUUAAAUUUAACUUAGACUAAAGAUGACUAAUAUUAUAAAUGUGAAACUUAUAUUGAAAGAUUGGAGUAAUAAUUAAGAGAUACAUAUUAUUAAAUAGAUGAUCAAAAUAUUUAUUUAUUAUAAAUUGAAUAAAGAAUUACUCCUUUAAUGAAGUAAACAAUAAGCUUAUUAAACAAAAUAAGAGUUUAUUAUAAGAAGACGAUUUAGAAUUAAAUUAAUAAGUUGAAAGUAGAAUAUGAAUUAAAGAUUUUUGAACAGUAAGAUAAAUAAAUACAAUUAAAUUAAUCUCGUAAUAAAGAAGGUUUCUAUUUCAUAAAAUAAUUUAUUCAUUGA